AUGCCGGAAUUAAACGAAGUCAGCUACUCUCGCGAGGCCACUAUCGCUGCCUUCCGCGAUUACUAUCAAUUUCUUCUAGCGAUGUUCUUGCCUGAACAUUUUCUUCUGGAACCACCACCUGGAGGCUGGCCUGCUAUUACAAAAGAAAACACGCACCUCUUAGGCAAGGNNGAUGACGAAGUCUUCGAGCUUAUGCGACAUCUUCCCUACGUCCCGGAGGAGACGCUACUCGCGCCCUACGCCCGGGUUGGCAAUUGGCCUUUCCUACUCGGCUUACAUCCCAAGAAUCAACAACCCUUUGACGAAUCAGAUGUCGAGGGCACGAGGAUAAUUACAGAAGGGUUGGAUUGGGAGGACAUCCCUUCAUCGGCGUUCGGCAUCACGCGUGGCGAUGUCAGAUUCAUCCUCGACACUCGAUUUGGUAUUGUGCACUGGUUGGAANACCCUGGAGAAAUCCAAGAAAGUGCUGCGAGAGAGCCUAUCAUGGAAGAUUUCGACGAUUGCACGCCAGAGAAUGAACACGAGUGGCGAUGCGGCACCGCCUGGGCCAUUCCUGAUUUCUUCGAGGUUCUGAAAGACCAAUAUAGGGAUCUCAAGUACAUUCCCCUACAUGGGCUCCGGAUCGAAGAGUUUCCUGAGGAGUUCGAGGAAGGCGAUGGUCCCCUGGGAGGAGGACCUUUCUUCCGCUCGGUGAGACAAAUCUACCGGGAGCACGGUUGGCCGGAUCUGUCUGUGUACAAGAAGAAAGAAUGUCUUGACGCUAUCGAGAAGAUGAUCGAAGAUCGCUUCCCGAAGAAGAUCUAUAGGCCAGUAAUCAAACACGAUUUCUACAAGGGAGGCAUGCAUAAGCUCUAG